AUCAAAGAUGGCGGCUUACAGGAAAGCUUUUGUUGAUGCCUCAAAAUUACUAAGACAGGGUAGCAAAUUGGGUAGAGUGKCUUCCAAGACCGUGCUUCAAACACAAGUUAGAAGUUUAACAAUGCAAAAUUCAUCACUUGUCAAGCGAGCAACAACUGAAAUGUUUUUAGCAAGACAAGCACAGCAGAAGUUUGCAUCCAUUCCACGUAUAAUGUCAUCAGCUUUAUUAAACACAGUUUCAACUACUGCAGACACUGGUCUUAUCAACAGUGAUGGAUCUGGAUCAGGUGAAGUUCUAGAGGGUUCAAGUAAUGAUGAAGAAGGACUAGUAACUCCGGCGAYGGAAAAUGGAGAUGAUUUAUGACAAAAAAAGCCUGAAGAAUGAAGACAGUGCACUUGGAUUACUCUAGACUMUUGUGAAUCUUUGUAUAUUGGUGAAAAGAUAGAGCUUGAAGGCAGGUAGUUAUGUAGAAAUGUUGUGAUGAUAGUUUCAGAAGCCUUGCAAAAUAACACAUAAAUGAUUUAGGUCUUUUCUUCAAAAGGAUUUUCAGUUAUUCACAAUAUUUUUGUCUAAUUGAUAUGAGUGUAAGUAAAGCAUCUUCCUCUCUAUUUCAUUAUCGAAUUUCAUUAUCUUUUCAAAAUCAAGAUGAACUACCAUCAUUUUUUGUGAUUAACUUUUUAUUUUCUGGAAUUAGUAAUAUGACACCAUGUUUUUUUUUGAAGUUGUUAUUUUUCAACCGCUGUACAAUGUUUUCCAAGUGAUUUCUUCAUUCUUCAGGCUUAUUAUGUUUUUAUUUUUGAGUCUUUAUAAUAUGUAUGAUUGUUCUGGUUUUAUUAGAGUUUGUUAGUGGCAUAAAAACAUGUCAGGCAAUGCUUGUGCAAGAGUCAUGCUUAUCAUAUGGCAAUAUGGAAAGGUUAAGGAAAUAAUUUUACUACCCUUUUAUUAAAAUCAUUUCAUACAACUGUAAGCCAUUUAUAUGUAUUGCUAGUUAAGUGCUGAAAACAUGUUUUGCUUUCAGAGGUACAAUAUAAUAUUAUAAAUUUGCAGUUUAUUUUGUUCUUAAUGUUACUUUUUAAUCAUUAAAGUAAACUUGCCCAA